AUGGCACCCAAGACCCCUUCAUACGCACGCCAGACGAGAUCUAGCAACUUAAAGAGUCGGAAUCCCUCAAACACGCCUGGUCAGAUAGAAGAGACUGUGACAAAUGAGACUUCGAACAUUUUCUCGACACCUAUCUCUAACAAAGAUAGUCUCAGAAAGCAGACAGUCAAAAAUGCCACAGUCCGAGACGUUGACUUCGAAGAGACUCAGUUGAUUCCGCGCGGAGUUGAGAUGCUCCAUUCACAUCAGAACAUCGUGAUAGGAGCUCACGCCUAUUUCGACUCGGACACACCUCCGGACCAGCCAAAUCACGCGAAUUCUACCUAUCCAUCAUUCAUACAGCCCUUGCAGGAAGAGCUGAACGGGACAUAA